UCUUCCACAGAUAUAAAGCCUGCAGGGCCGUGUCCUUGGACGGAGAUGAAGGCCGUCAUGUUCUUGCUGCUUUUCUUCCUGGGGGGGGCGGCUGGUUCCCACAUCGUCGGAGGCAGAGAUGCACCCCCCCACUCACGCCCCUACAUGGCCUCACUGCAGAUCAGAGGUCAACAUUUCUGUGGGGGGGCACUGGUUCGGGAGGACUUUGUGCUGACCGCGGCUCACUGCGAAUUUCCCGUACCUCUCACAGUCGUGCUCGGGGCAGAUUCGCUGGAGGGGAAUGAGGCGUCGAGGCAGACCUUCAGGGUUCUCAGAUCCAUCCCACAUCCAGACUACAACCAGCUGUCCAGCGACAUCAUGCUUCUGAAGCUUGAUGGCAGAGCUCGGCUGACUCCAGAGGUGCAGGUCCUUCCUCUGAAUUCGGGAGAGGUGGGGCCAGCUAACCGCUGCAUAACGGCUGGCUGGGGGGACAUCGGGGACAACCGGACCAUAGCCAACCGGCUGCAGGAAGUCAACGUCACCAUCCUGCCUCAGAGGACGUGCCAGCGGAGGUGGGGGAACGUCGCCGUGGUCAGCUCCAUGGUCUGUGGCGUUGGGGCCCGCAGGUUCCAGGGCUUCUGCUCGGGGGACUCUGGCGGGCCGAUGAUCUGUGACGGCGCGGCGGCGGGCGUCGUGUCUUUCUCUGGGCGUCGGUGUGGAGACCCCAGGACCCCCGAUGUCUACACCCGCGUCUCCUCCUUCAGGACGUGGAUCAUGGACCAGUUUAACAGCGACCCGGAUGAAUCAGAGGGUUUCAUCUUUUAAAGAACACACAGCUGAAUACUGUCGCUGGUGUCUCUGGUUUGCAUCAACACUUUCAUCACUUCUGUUUUCUUUGUGGUCAAACUUGGAGCCAGUUUUGUCCUUUCAAACAAAUCCAUUCAUUUCUCUUGUUUAGGUUCCUCAGUGAUGCUCCUCGUCAUCAAGACUUCUCUUCUUCUUUAGUGUUAAAUAUCUAAAUGGUUUCACUCAAUGAGCCCAAAGAAACGUUUUCUUGGUCAACGUUUACAAUCUAUAAAGUUUAAUCAAAUCUCUCAUUGUUGCUUUGAUGAGGCUCAUGUGACCCGUUUGUUUCUUUAGUUGGAUUUAAAAAUAUAUCAUUCCAGGUUUCCACUGCAGCAUGGAACAAAAGUCCGUCUUUCUUUUUGUUUAAAACAUUUGACAGUCUUGUAAAACCAUCACCCGGUUGUCAUGAUGUUAGCCUGUUUGAUCAAAUGUUGCACAUAAACAAAACUGUCUUUCUUU